AGAGUUUAGAGCUGUACAUGUGCAAGUUUCUUUAGGGGCGGUACAGGGGACGGAAAUAGAAUAGGUAGCGAUAUGGUUAGGUAUAUUGGGAAAUUAGUUAGAAAAUUAAGGAGAUUUAAAAAUUAAUUUAAAAAAAAAAAACAAAGGAUGUAAAAUUGCAGUAAAAGGGUUGUGCUCAUAAUAAUGAAUACAAAAAAUACACACAAACACUCAGUAGGUGGCGACAGUAAGCUUUGUUUAAAAGCUUAGUGGCCACUAAUUAAACAGAAAAAGAAGACUUCACCGGCAAGAACUACAUCUCCCAUGUUGCAAUUCAAAUUCUUGACCUGCGUGAGUCCAUAACAUUGCGGCAGAGCUGUUUAUCUUUGGUUCAGCUUGUGACUGUGUAAGCUGAUAUAUCAUAACAAUGACAGAAGAGGAAUUCUCCGAUAUAAACGGAAAUACGAUCUCACUGGAUUGCCAGACUCAUUCAAAGUUUUGCAAGGAGUUCACUGUAAGCGUCCCUAAACUGUCUCUGCGGAAAGUGAUGAACUACACCUGCUUAGUGUGGCUGACUGCGUAUGCUGUGUUUUUUGCUACUGACAAUAGCAAUGUCUUGUCAGCAGCUAUUAUUGUAACCCUUGUCGGGAUGAUGCUUCACCUUCAUUUUGUGAAAGUAGACCAUGAGUCAAUGUUAAUUAUCGGCUCCCUUGGGAUUCAGAUGUCUGCCUCAUAUGCCUCCGGCAGGGAGAGCACGUCCUUCAUAGAAAUGAGCAAGGUCAAAGAUAUUGUUAUUAAUGAAGCCAUUUAUAUGAGCCUUCAGAUCCGGAUGGAGUCAGUGCUGUUGUACCGCUAUUCCAGAGCUCCAAGCCUCGUCUCAGUUGCUUGGAAGAAGUCUAUAAAAGUUGUCAAGACAUUCUGGGGCAAAGUUAAGAGCAUCAGUAUAAAGGGGAAGGAUGAAAGCUGAAGAUAUGUGUGCCUAGAGGAAUAUCCAGCCGAAGACAAAUAAUUAUAGAGUAGUACACCAGUAGCAAAAGUAUAUUUUGGAUGAUACCAAUGACACACUGAGGGUCCUAACCAGUAUGCAACAAUUUAUAAACUCUAAGCAAAGUAAACUUCUUUUCCAAAUAUGCACUGUUCUCAAUGAGUGUAGUGCUGUUAAGGUUAGACUGUGCACACAGUAAAUCAUAGUUUAGGUUAGAAAAAGGCAAAUCAGGAUUAUGCUGUUGAGCCAUGCAUUAGGUUGCUACUAUAACGUAGCUCCGCCUUUGAAAUACCUCAUCAUGAUUAUUAAAAGCUGUGCCAUUUUAUACCACUUUUUA